CAGCCGAGUCCCACUCCAGCCUGGAGCAGCUCUCAGUGCCGUCCGGGCUGAAAGCAUCGGAGCUAUUUCAGACACAUUAAAAGGAUCGCAGUCAAUACCUCAGCUGGUCGAAGAAGGGAUAAGCCUCUGUCUUAAAAAUGUCAAAGCAGCCAGCGUCACAUGUCAAAGCCAUUCAGGCUAAUAUUAACAUCCCAAUGGGAGCAUUUCGACCUGGUGCAGGCCACCCUCAUAAAAGAAAAGAGCUUACACCUGAAGAAGUGGAAGAGAGUGCUCCUGCUUUGACAGAGGAGGAGAAAGACAAGAAACAUCUCCCAGGAGCUAAGAAACUUCCAGGUCCUGCUGUCAACUUGUCAGAGAUUCAGAACAUAAAGAGUGAGCUGAAAUUUGUCCCCAAAGCUGAACAGUAGCUGGAACAAACAGGUCUGACAAGAGAAACCGAAUGGAUUCCAAUGAAUGGAGAUAAUUUGAAAUAUUUUAUAUAUUUGUAUGAAGACUAUGAAUUUCCUAAUGCUGCAAUACUCCAUAGGAAGCAUCUUCUUUGUACAUUUAUAUCAACAAUUUCUUGUGGUCGAUUUUGUUUAACAUAAAAAAGUACUGCUGAAAUGAAACAGAACACAGCAACUAGCAAUGAAUGUGUAUAUAUUCAGCAAUGAUUUUCACCUGCGAAUGGGAAUAGCGUAGUUUGAAGAUUGAGCAAAAGUAUAAUAAAUACUUUUAAAAAAAUCAUUAUUU